AUGGCAUCUGCUUUCCUACAACCGCCGGCUCCGUUCCAGCCUGGUGACGACCCAGCAAGAGCAUGGGAGGAGUGGAAAUCGUCCUACCUUAUCUUCGAGGCAGCCUGUGAAUAUGGAUCGAAGCCUAUCGCAACUCGGAAAGCUUUUCUGCUCCACUGCCUUGGACCUCAGGCAAGACGAAUUACGCAAACCUUUCCUCUGCAACCAACGGGAGAUGGUCAAAGCGGGCAAAGAGAUAAUGCAGUAGAUUACAUCCUGCACGAAUUUGAUAAACUCUAUGCACCUUACAAAAGAGUCACACAAGCGACAGCCAUUUUUAACACAAUGAGCCAAAAGCCAGAACAAACCAUUGACGAAUUUGUAACUGAGCUAAAACUGCAGGCUCAGAAAUGCGACUACGGAGCUCAAGAAAGCAGGCUCAUUGGUGAUCGUAUCAUCAUCGGGAUACGAGACGUGGCCUUACGCGAACGAUUGUUUCGUGAACCGAGUCUAACACUGGACAAAAUCAUUUCAACCUGUAAAGCAGCUGAAAUCUCAAAAAAACAUGUGAAUGAUAUUCAGAAAACUGAAGACGAAGUUAGAGUUGAUGGACUCUAUCGUCAGCCAUCUAGCUUCAGGGCAGCGCAACGAAGGCAUAACAAUUGGGCCUCUUCCAUCAACCAAAGCAACCAAGUUUGCGCAAACUGGGACAGAGCUGGAGAGGCGGUCAAAGAAAAAAAUGGCAUGCUGGCAUCUCGCCCCGAAGAGGUACAAGGCCUGAUUUCAGAGUUGGUGUUGGCAAAGGCAGAAAUGCAGCGAAUGUCUUUGGAGCACGAGAGAAAUAUUGAAGCGAGCUUUGGCCGUGAGCAGGCCCUUCAACGCGAGUGCAAGGCAGCUUCGGUUCUCCUGGGGAAGUUGCAAGCGCAGCAAGCAGAAUUUUCUCAUGCCAAGUAUCAGGAGUCUGAAGCAUUGAAAGCCCAGUUAGUUUCUCUAAGUGGGGAUUCGGCAAAGCAGCUGAAGCUUGUAGAUGCCAAGGAUGUCCUUCUUCAAGACUGUGGCGAGGACUUGCCGCUAGUUCAGAAUAAUUCCGAACAACGAGAGUUCAGUGCCUUUCAGUACCUCAAGAAGCUGCUGGACAUCGCAAAACGCAAAAGAGAGGCCCUGGAAAACCAGCUUGCUAAAAAAGAGGAGCAGUUCAAUCUACUUCAGCAAAACUAUCAGUACUUAAAGGACAGGUACCAGUGGCCGUUACAAGAUCUCGGGGCAUUUGUCCGGAGCAUCAUCGAAGCAUUUGCCCGGAGCAUCAUCGAGCACACCAACCAGUCGUCAGAAGCUGCAGUGUCUCUUGAAGCAAGUCAGCUGGAAGACUUGAACCGUAUGCUGGCAGUGCUUCAGGAACGGGUCACAUCCUUGACAGUUAGGAACGAGCUCCUCGCUCAAGAAACAUAUGGAAGCUCCUUUACCGAGAAGGCAGAAACAGAGUGCGAGAGGUUAGACGAGAAAGUCAGCAGCCUCCUAAAACGCAACCGAAAGCUAAAAAGUGAAGCCGACGUUUUGUGGUCAAAACUUUCCUGCCUGGAGGAGCAAGCUGAGAUGCUCGUCAGCGACAACAAACAUUUUCAACAGCUAGCUGAGAACUUAAAACAGGCACGACAUUGCCUCGAGGAGGAGUUGAAGACUCAGCGCGAGCAGCACGUCAAGGCCACCAAGGAGAUGGAGAACGAGCACUGUACUGCGCUGGACGAAGCGGCCAAGUGCGAGGCAGCACUAUCAGCGCUGAAGACAGACCACUCCCAGCUGUUGGACAAGUAUAACCACAUUGUAUACAGACACAGGAACCUGCAGGAAGAGUUUCACGCGGCAGCCCAAGAGAAACGCAGUUUUGAGGACAGGUGCGCUCAGCUCACAGAAGAGUGGGCAACAGCCAGACGAGCUCUCGCAGUCUUCGAGAAGCAUCAGGGCGCAGUGGGACAAAAGACCAUGCAGAAGCUGCGAGAGCUGUGGCAAGCAAACCAGCAUUUGCAAGAGCGCUUUCGCCUCCUCAAGGACAAGCAUCUCAAGGCUGAAGAAUGGUUGGUACAGGCGCCAAACCAAAAAGUGGAAGCCUCGAUGGAACAUGUCACCGAGGUCACUGGGGGUACAGCGAGAACUUUGGAGGCACCAGCAAGCCGAGUCGAGAUAGAGGAACUCUCCCGGCGGUAUGAGUCCCUUUUGGAGCAGUCUCGUGCCGAGGAGAACAAGUGGAACCAGGACAAGCAGCAGCAGAAACACAUCGAGGACUUACAGGCGCAACCGGUACUACACCAAAGAAGCACAUGGAACAGCAGAAACGAAUUCAGCUGCUGA